GUUUAGUAGAACCCUAGCAGGCUACAGAUACGAAGUGUAGACGGUGAGGAUCUGAGAAGAAGAACCGUCGAAUCCAUCUCAUGGCGGUUUCAAUCAGGCGUGCAAUCAUAUCCUGUCGCAACAUCUAUCCUUUGAUCCGAACAUCUCGCCCGGUUUCUCACUUUGCAGCUUCUUCAUAUUUAUUGAGAGCUGCCUGUGAUCUGCGUCCAGACCUUUCCAGAUCGCCGGCGAUUGGUUUUCUAUUCGAAUCCCGCAGAUCAUUUGCAAAAGCACGGAAGAAAUGGGAUGACGAUGACAACGAUGACCUUGGUGUUGCUAAUGGUGAUGCUGGCAGCAGAAUUGAAAUUGUGAAUAUUGGGCCAAUUAUCAAAUCAACUGCUAUCUCUGAGAUGGAGGCAGCGAUUGAUGCAGUAUCAAAUGAACUGAGCAAAUUGCGCACAGGAAGGGCAUCAGCAGGAAUGCUUGACCAUAUCAUAGUAGAAACUGGUGGUGUGAAGAUGCCUUUGAAUCGGAUGGCUGUUGUUUCAGUUUUAGACCCUAAAACUCUGUCAGUUACUCCAUAUAAUCCAAAUGCCCUGAAAGAACUAGAGAAAGCCAUUGUUUCUUCACCAUUGGGUUUGAACCCUAAGCCAGACGGAGAACGCUUGAUUACAGCUAUUCCUCCCAUGACCAAAGAGCAUAUGCAGGCUGUGUGCAAAGUGGUAGCAAAGUCUUGUGAAGAUGCCAAACAAAGAGUUAGAAGAGCUCGCCAAAAGGCUUUUGACUCCAUAAAGAAAUCACUGCCUAAAAAAUCAGAAGGGAAAAAUAAAGGGAAAGAUAAGGAGAAUAUUAAAGCGAAAACGGUUUCAGGGUUCUCAUCAGAUGAUGCAAAACGAUUGGAAAAAGAAGUUGAAGAGUUGACUAAAAAGUUUACCAAGUCGGCUGAAGAUAUAUGCAAAGCUAAGGAAAAGGAAAUUACAUCAAGCUGAGAACACUAUUUGCCUAAUAUUUGAUGUUACUUUUGAGGAAAUUCCACAUAAUUUGAGGAUGGAAGCAUAAAUUUAGGGUGUUCAAUGCAAAGGAUAGUUUUGGACUUUUUUUGUAUAUGUUACACAUCUUCAUUUGUGCUAUACUAUUGGAUAUUUGGUGUGUCGAA